AAAUAUCUCAAAAUCAAAAUCGAAAUUCAAAACCACACAAUUAAACACAACCAAAUCAAACACACCCCCAAUGUUUUGACAAACUCCCCUAAAUUUGCUUGUGACGCCAGCCAGAGCGGGGAGAGAGGUUUGGAUUCUUGCUUUGCUGUUCCUCUCGGCCUCAAGAUUCGUUCCUGCACUCCGGUCCUUCAAUUCAAUGACGUCGAUGAUGAUUAAUGGCGCAGAAAGCCUCCCUCUCGCCAGACGAAUUGCCCCAAUGUCGAGAGGGUUAGGGUUAGGGUUUCUCACCACAGAUUUUCACGGCAAGGAAUUAAGCUCAAAUUGCGCCCGAAUUUCAAUUACCUCACGCACGAGCAGAAGCAGAAGCGCCAUCCCCAAAUGCAGCAUCUCAUCCUCCCGGCCGGCGUCGCAGCCGCGAUUCAUCCAGCACAAGCAAGAGGCGUUCUGGUUUUACAGGUUUCUGUCGAUUGUGUACGACCACGUGAUUAACCCUGGGCAUUGGACCGAGGACAUGCGAGACGACGCUUUAGAGCCGGCCGAUUUGAACGAUCGGAGGCUAUCGGUGGUGGAUGUCGGCGGCGGCACAGGUUUCACCACUUUGGGGAUUGUCAAGCACGUGGAUGCUAAGAAUGUCACAAUUAUUGACCAGUCUCCUCACCAGCUCGCCAAGGCUAAGCAGAAGGAGCCAUUGAAGGACUGCAAAAUCCUCGAGGGGGAUGCCGAGGACCUCCCCUUCCCUACCGAUUCCUUCGAUCGCUACAUCUCCGCCGGCAGCAUCGAGUAUUGGCCCGAACCGCAACGUGGAAUCAGGGAAGCAUACAGAGUUCUGCGAAUUGGAGGGAAGGCUUGUGUGAUCGGUCCCGUAUAUCCGACUUUCUGGCUGUCUCGCUUCUUUGCCGAUGUAUGGAUGCUCUUCCCGAAGGAGGAAGAAUACAUUGAAUGGUUUACCAAGGCAGGUUUCAAGGAUGUCCAGCUGAAAAGGAUCGGUCCAAAAUGGUACCGUGGAGUUCGUCGUCAUGGGCUGAUCAUGGGAUGUUCUGUCACAGGUUUUAAACGCGCAUCCGGAGACUCUCCGCUGCAGCUCGGGCCCAAGGCAGAGGACGUGUCCAAACCUGCGAAUCCGUUUGUGUUUCUGUUCCGACUGAUUCUUGGCGCGAUUGCGGCGACUUACUAUGUUUUGGUUCCCAUUUACAUGUGGCUCAAGGAUCAAAUCGUUCCCAAGGGUCAGCCCAUAUAGUCCGUCAUCAAAAUAAUGACGAUGCCUGUUGAAUUUGUUUGGCUUUCUGUGCUGCCCUGAGCUGUAGUGUUCCCGGUGGCCUUUGGACAAAUACAUGACAGAAUGGCGCAUUGUAAGUUUUUUCUUAAAAGAGUCGAUCGAUACUUUGUUAAGGUAGUCGAGACUUGGUGAGAUUGAUUUCAUCUAUCAUGUGCCCCUUUUCAUGUUCUUCAAUUAUGUGGUUGUGUCGAGCGCGCAACAAGCCUCGUCGGUAACUUUAGGAUCCUACCGUUGUUGGAUUGAUGCUUGCCGUAUAGAAAAGGUACAAUGCAACAUCUCGCCUAUUUA